UAAAAUGGAGAGGUGCGUCACAAAUCACAACACACAACGUCUUCACUUAUCUCCUUUCCAGAUUCCUCCUUAUCCGCCGCCUCUGAUCUCCGCUCAUGGCGACUGCCGAUCCCGUCUUCGCCAACGGCAGUCCCUUCAAGGAUCCGUCCCCCGGUCGCCUUGCUUCUGUAUACAGCGAUGUGCAGACCAACCGCCUCAACCAUCCUCUUCCUCUUCCUUCAGUCCUCAAGUCUCCCUUCAAGCUCCUUGAUGGCCCUGAGAGCUCUGCGGCCGGAAACCCAGACGAGAUCGCCAAGCUAUUUCCUAACCUAUUUGGUCAGCCAUCGGCAAAGCUGGUGCCGGCUGACUCGGACCCUUCAGAUUUGCCCUCAAGCCUGAAGAUUGGGGUUGUAUUAUCUGGUGGCCAGGCGCCAGGUGGACACAAUGUGAUAUCUGGGAUAUUUGAUUUCUUACAAGAAAAGGCAAAGGACAGCAUCCUCUAUGGGUUUAAAGGAGGUCCAGCAGGGAUUAUGAAGGGCAAGUAUGUGGUGUUGACUCCACAGUUCAUCUAUCCUUACAGAAACCAGGGUGGAUUUGACAUGAUAUGUAGCGGAAGGGACAAGAUUGAAACUCCAGAACAGUUUAAGCAAGCUGAAGAUACUGUCACGAAACUUGAUUUGGAUGGACUUGUUGUCAUUGGUGGAGAUGAUUCCAACACUAAUGCAUGCCUGCUUGCUGAAAAUUUUAGGCAAAAGAAAAUUAAAACUCAGGUUAUUGGAUGUCCUAAAACAAUUGAUGGAGAUCUGAAGUGCAAGGAGGUUCCAGCAAGUUUUGGAUUUGACACAGCUUGCAAGAUCUACUCUGAAAUGAUUGGAAAUGUAAUGAUAGAUGCUCGUUCAACUGGAAAAUAUUACCACUUUGUAAGGUUGAUGGGCCGUGCUGCUUCUCACAUAACUUUGGAAUGUGCUUUGCAAACACAUCCUAACAUUGCAAUCAUUGGUGAAGAGGUGGCCGUCAAGAAGCAAACACUGAAAAAUGUUACAGAUUUCAUUACUGACAUUAUCUGCAAGCGUGCAGAACUUGGAUACAAUUAUGGUGUCAUUCUUAUUCCAGAAGGACUGAUAGACUUUAUUCCUGAGGUUCAACAACUUAUUGCUGAACUCAAUGAAAUCCUAGCUCAUGAAGUAGUUGAUAGUGAGGGAUUGUGGAAAAACAAACUGCAACACCAGUCGAAAGUUCUCUUUGAAUUCCUGCCUCAGGUAAUCCAAGAGCAACUGUUGCUAGAAAGAGAUCCACAUGGAAAUGUACAGGUUGCCAAAAUUGAAACUGAGAAAAUGCUCAUCUCCAUGGUUGAAACCGAGUUGCAGAAGAGAAAAUCAGUGGGUCAAUAUGCUGGAAAUUUUAAGGGACAAUCCCACUUCUUUGGAUACGAGGGAAGAUGUGGCUUGCCUACAAAUUUUGAUGCUUCCUACUGCUACGCAUUGGGUUAUGCUGCAGGAGCUCUGUUACAAUCUGGAAAGACAGGCCUCAUUUCCUCAGUUGGCAACUUAAGCGCUCCUGUUGAAGAAUGGACUGUUGGAGGAACUGCAUUGACUUCAUUGAUGGAUGUAGAAAGGAGGCACGGUAAAUUCAAGCCAGUGAUCAAGAAGGCUAUGGUGGAACUCGAUGGUGCCCCAUUUAAAAAGUUUGAAGCCAUGCGAGAUGAGUGGGCCCUCAAGAACAGAUACAUCAGCCCUGGCCCCAUUCAGUUUAUUGGCCCAGGUUCAAACGAUGUCAAUCACACCCUGCUCCUGGAACUUGGAGCCCAGGCGUAAGGGGUAGAUGUAGCGAGACGAGACCGGAAUUUAAUUUUCGUUUAAACCUUAAGUGAGAAAUUUGAUAUUCCUAUGUCUGCCCGCUUGUUUUCGAGAAUAAGAGUGAACCAGAGAUGAUUCCGACUGUCUCAUGUAUAAUUUGAGUAUUCAUCAAAUGAAACUCAAUUUCUCAAGAAUUUAUUGCUUGAACUUUCUAUUGCAA